CUUCCUGCAUGUGGAAGUUCAUUAAGAGCUUAGAGUGAGCCCGUUAGCCGAACGUGCCUUCACCCACGUACCUCCUUCCCACCGCCUCAUCUGGAUUUGCAGUAGUUGACGGUGGGAAUCUCAAACAAAGAAUAAUGGCAACGCUCAGGGCUAUCUUUGAGUAAGGAUUUUCAUAGUCCAAUCUGAUUCGUUGGAUUUUGAUAUGUUUUCACCUCUAAUGGUGAUCCUUACAAAUAAACAGAUCCCAUUUGCGACUCUUUCCACUCACACACUCGAUAAACAACUUAGCAUGUCUCAGUAGGGAAGCCCAGACUUUCCGGUCUCCGGCCACCUCUUCCAGUUCCACCGGGAGGACACCAAGGCGUUCCCAGGCCAGCUCCCGGCCUCCUCCCGGCUGGAACACCUCACCAGGGAGGCAAGCAGGAGGCAUCUGGACUGAAUGCGUGAGGCACCUCAACUGGUUCCUCUCGAUGUGAAGGAGCAGCGGCACUACUCCCCCCGGAGCUUGUGUGCUAUGGGUCUUGUAGAACUUCUUUGUCUCCUGUUUUGUGUGGCUUCCAGUCAUGCAAACAGCAAUUUGCACAAGUGGACCAAGCAGAACCUUCCUGUGCUGAUGGACCGUCGCAUCGAAUUUGUAACGAAAACUUUAUUCAGAAGCCCAACGCUUGAUGCAGAUGGAAGCCCUGUGGAGACACUCUGCGGGAUCGAGUGCCAAAGACGCCUACCGGACUUAACUCAGAACGAGCAAGAGAGGAUUCUGGGCUACGAAACCAUGUACGACAACGGCACGUGUACACGCACCGAUGUGAUACUGCAGGGUUUGAAUGCAACGAGACCUCGUAAGAACACCCCGACUCGCCAGAAGCGCCAGGUUUACGGCGCCGAUGGACGCUUCGUUAUAUCGGACACACAGUUCAUCACCAACUACCCCUUCGCCACCGCGGUGCGCCUGUCCACGGGCUGCUCGGGGGUCUUGGUCUCCCCAAAGCAUGUGCUGACGGCGGCUCACUGCAUCCACGACGGCAGCCGCUACUUGGAGAGUGUGCAACGCCUAAAAGUGGGGGUGCUACAACUCAGAAAUAAUAGAGCGGGUAGGAAGAGAAGGAGGAGGCAACAGAGGGCUGCGAGGAAAGGGAACAGGAGAAAAAUGGAGGAUGAAGAGAAGCAGAGUAGCACUGAUGAAGAUCCAGUGAGAGGGCAAAAAGGCGGGAAGGCAAAAGGGGAGCAAAGAAGUACAGGAGUGAGUCACCUGAGGAGGAAGCCCAUCUUUCGCUGGACACGAGUCAAACAAACACGCAUCCCUCAAGGAUGGAUGCACUCCAAGAACUCCAUCGCCUCCUUGGCCGCCGACUACGACUAUACCCUCCUGGAGCUCAAACGACCCGUCAAACAGAAGUACAUGGAGAUCGGCGUGGCGCCUCCCACCAUCCUCCCAUCCCGGAUCCACUUCUCAGGCUAUGACGAUGACCAAAGCCUGCUGACCGGCCUUGGGGGCGAGAAGGUGGUCUACCGCUUUUGCUCUGUGACCAAGGAAUCGGACGAUUUGAUGUACCAGCACUGUGACGCUCGGCCGGGCGCCACGGGAGCGGGUGUUUACGUUCGUUUGAGGCAAGAAGGCGGGAAAGGGAAGUGGCAGCGGAGGGUGAUUGGGGUGUUCUCGGGCCAUCAGUGGGUGGAGGUAGGGGACGGCGAGCAGAGGGACUUUAAUGUGGCAGUGAGGAUCACUCCUCCGAAAUAUGCACAGAUCUGCCACUGGAUCCAUGGAGACCUGAGCCACUGCAAGGAGGUUUGAAAGACAAUCUUUGGAGGACUUACUGGAAAACCUUUGUCCAAUUUUGUGUUCAAAUUGAAGGCCACUAAGGCUGCUCGUCACUUAGUUUGCUUUCUCUGGUGCAAAUCAUUUUGUGAGACCCUUGGUUUAGAAUCCAAAUGAACAAACUGGUGAUGUGACUCUUUUUUGUAUCGGGCCGGUCAGGCAUCACAGGUUUAAGUCUACCGGCGGAAACAAAGAACUAUUGGCCAUUUUUGACCGGUCGUACGACAACCGGUCAGAAUUUUGUUCCGCCCUGACAACGAUCCUGGACAAAUGUAGCAAAGUUACGACCAGAUUUCCUGAUCCACUCUUUCUCGCCUUUAAAAUUGAACAGUAUACGCAAAUGAUGUUAAGAAGUGCCGUUCUUGCGCAUCUAGUAUAUACGCCUAUACCGAUUUCUUUUCGUUUUGGCACAGACCAAGGCUUCUUGUUUUUAGCAUUAGCAUUCCGCAUUAGCAUUCGAAUCUCCAAACAGAUUUAGAGAGUGAAACAAGAGUUCAGUUGAAACGUAGCAAAUGAUACCCGUGUAAAAGCGUCUUGAGACUAUCCAUAAAUUAACGAAUAGUUGGCUUCCUCAAGUUCGAGUCUAAGACCCCUUGGUUUAGAAUCCAAGUAAACAAAGCAUGGUGUGGACGAGUCACUCACCUUUUUUGUAUCUCUCCGGUCAGGCAUCGUCGGUUUAAGUCUACUGGCGGAAACAAAGAACAAUUGGCCAUUUUUGACCGGUCAUACGACAAUCGGUCAGAAUUUUGUUCUGCCCUGACGGUGAUCCUGGACAAACGUCGUUAAGGCCAAGUUUCCUCUUUCUCGCCGUUAAAAUGAACAGCAUGUGCAAAUGAUGAAUCUCUACCUCCACCUAUACCUAUUUCUUAGCGUUUUGGCACAGAUCAAGGCUUGUUGUUUUUAGCAUUUAGGAUUAUGCAUCAUUCGCAUUCCGAGUCCCCAAACAGAUUUAGAGAAACGAGAGUUCGAUUGAAACGUAGCAAAUGGUACCCGUGUAAAAGCGGCCUAUCGCUAAUGACUGUUGAUGGCCGCGGACGUUGCGCAGUGUCGUACACGUGUUCCCAUCAUGUGGUGAGACUUUGUGCACGAGCCUGGUCAUGGUCUACUAAAAAUACUUCAUGUGUCAGGACGGCGUGGGUCAUAAGAGUUAACCUGUGCGACCGUUCCAUCAAUCAACGGACAAGACCGGAUGGAGAUGAGUGACGAGCCGUGAGGGUGGUUUGGGUCAGUGUAUUUGUAUUUUAUUGCAUCUCAGAUGGGGGGCUCACAUGCAGGUUGGACAGGGAGAAAGGAAGGAAGCGGGGCGGCCAUCCUCAGAAAAUCUCAACAGCCGUCACAGAAGAUACUGAGCAAACAUCUAUCCGCAUUCUCUUUGUAUGUAAAGGUCAUCGUCGUCUUUAUUUUCCUUUUCAACACGUAAAAUGCCACAAGGAGAUUAAGUUACAGUCACUUGUUUGGAAAUCAACAACACAGAAGAACAUCCAGCGUAUGUAUACUUGAGUGCUUUACAGCGGGUCUUCCCAGUGAGCGUCCAAUCGCAUGCACCGAUGCUAGCAUGUCUCAUUGAGCCUGUUUGGAAAACAAAAGAAGGCGGGACCUGUCGCCAUGCACUCCACACCAGCAGAGGGCACCACAGAGCAAUGUUUUGUUCAAUACUGCCUCUACUAGACCGACAAAAUCAUGCUCCCCCUCUUUGAUAUGUAACUAAAAUAUAUGGUAUUUGUUAUCAUCAAAAUGAAUAAAAUAUG